GUUUUCUGUCGUUCUCCUCAAGCAGACAAGAAGUUUCGGCCAUUUUUUCGGGGUGUUUGUUGUUUUCACCAAAACAAGAGACUGUUCUCAGGUCGACGCUGUAGAUGUGCUUUCCAGUCAACCUAAGGCUAGUUUAGAGGAGGAUAAAAUGAUCCCAGAUCAGUGUCUGUGUCGGUGUCAUGCCAUCCCCCAUCGAGCUGCUAGGUGCGCGCCAGCCUCGCGAUAGCCUCGCCUACAAGAAUCAGAGCUCCGCUCGCGAACUGGAUGCUGACAGGCGCGCGGUGCGGUCAUCAUGCAAAGGUUACACUGGAUCCGUUUCAGCGAGUGUCUAAAGAAGAAGCCGCUCCUCCGCAGGACCUACACGGGUUACAAAAUGAGAGACGUCUAGCAACACAAAAACGCCCUAACUCACGUUUACUCGCCUGUUUGGCUACAGCAGGUGUCAAACGAUGGACGCAAGUUUGGGAUUUCCGCGAACGGCAGUGUGUACGCUGGCUCCUCUCGGCGGUAAAGUGGCUUCAUGAGUGUCCAAAGUAACAGUGGAAGUGGUGGUGGAAGUUUGGAGGCGACGCCAUCUUGGUCGCAGCUCUCCUCGUCCCCAACGAUUUCUCAACAACAUAUAACGGCGACCGCAAAGAGCAAGGAAGGCCCCAUGGAGGAGCUGCACAGCCUGGACCCCAGGAGACAGGAGCUGCUGGAGGCCAGGUUCACAGGAGCUGUCAGUGGCAACACAGUAGGCAGCACUGGGAGCACCAGUGGAGGUGCUAAGGGUCUGGCCAAUGAGUCCUCUAACCAUAGCUAUGGCAGCCUGGGCUCAUCCAGCGACAAGGAGUCUGAGAACUCUGAUUUGAAAAGAGGGAGCUCCCCUGCCUACUCAACCCCGGAGAAGAAGCAUUCUGAAUCGUCCAGAGGGAGGAAAAGGAAAGCAGACACCUAUUCAGAGAGUAGUCAAGGGAAGACCUCCACACGUGGGCCCAAGAUCAGCGACUACUUUGAUUUCCAGGGUGGAAAUGGUUCCAGUCCGGUCAGAGGCCUCCCAUCAGCUCGCCGCUCCCCACAGAACUCACACUCUGCCCCAGGUUCAAUCAUCCGGCAGAAUAGCUCCUCUCCUACGAGUCUGUGUUUUGGAGAACACAAUCCGAAAGCCUCCUCCAGCAAGUGUGUCCAGACGGAGUUAACAGGCCUGAAACUUGCUGCUCUGGAGAGCAACAAGAGUCUAGACCUGGAGAAAAAAGAGGGGCGAAUAGAUGACUUGCUCAGGGCUAACUGUGACCUACGGAGACAGAUAGAUGAACAGCAAAAACUCCUGGAGAAAUACAAGGAGAGGCUAAAUAAGUGCAUCACCAUGAGCAAGAAAUUGCUUAUAGAGAAGAGCACCCAGGAGAAGCAGUCGUGCCGUGAGAAGAGCAUGCAGGACCGUCUCCGUCUCGGUCACUUCACCACUGUCAGACACGGAGCUUCCUACACGGAGCAGUGGACCGACGGAUAUGCAUUCCAGAACCUGAUCAAGCAGCAGGAGGGCAUCAACCAGCAGAGGGAGGACAUAGAGCGACAGAGGAAGCUUCUCGCCAAGAGGAAGCCCCCGAACCCUGCAUCACCCUCCCUCUCAGUGGCCUCCACCUCUGAACCCAAGCAACGCAAAACCAAGGUGGUCAACGGCAAUGACUCUGACCCCUUCCUCAAGCCCUCCCUGCCCCAGCUACUGACCCUCGCUGAGUACCACGAGCAGGAAGAGAUCUUCAAGCUUCGCCUUGGACAUCUGAAGAAGGAGGAAGCUGAGAUUCAAGCAGAGCUGGAGCGGUUGGAGCGGGUGAGGAACCUUCAUAUCAGAGAGCUGAAGAGGAUAAACAACGAGGAUAGCUCGGCGUUUAAAGAUCAUCCUACCCUGAAUGAGCGGUACCUGCUGCUGCACUUGCUGGGCAGGGGCGGCUUCAGUGAAGUCUAUAAGGCUUUUGACCUGUUUGAGCAGCGCUACGCAGCUGUUAAAAUCCACCAGCUCAACAAGAACUGGAGAGAGGAGAAAAAGGAGAACUACCACAAGCAUGCAUGCAGGGAGUACCGGAUACACAAGCAGCUGGACCAUCCCAGAAUAGUCAAGCUGUAUGACUAUUUCUCCCUCGAUACUGACACGUUCUGUACUGUCCUGGAGUUCUGUGAAGGCAACGACCUGGACUUCUACCUGAAGCAAAAUAAGCUGAUGUCAGAGAAGGAGGCACGCUCCAUUGUCAUGCAGAUUGUCAGCGCCCUGCGCUACCUCAACGAGAUCAAACCCCCCAUCAUCCACUACGACCUCAAACCUGGUAACAUCUUAUUGGUGGAUGGUACUGCGUGUGGAGAAAUCAAAAUCACAGACUUUGGCCUGUCUAAGAUUAUGGAUGAUGAUAACUAUGGUGUGGAUGGGAUGGACCUCACAUCACAGGGAGCUGGAACCUACUGGUACCUUCCUCCAGAGUGUUUUGUGGUGGGGAAGGAGCCACCUAAAAUCUCCAACAAGGUGGACGUCUGGUCUGUGGGAGUGAUCUUCUUCCAGUGCCUCUACGGACGCAAGCCGUUUGGUCACAACCAGUCACAGCAGGAUAUUCUCCAGGAAAACACCAUCCUCAAAGCCACAGAGGUCCAGUUCCCUGCUAAACCACAGGCUAGCACAGAGGCAAAGGCAUUUAUCCGGCGCUGUCUGGCCUACCGCAAGGAGGACAGGUUCGAUGUUCACCAACUGUGCUCGGACUCCUACCUCCUCCCUCACAUGAGACGUUCUAACUCCUCCGGCUCCCUGCAGCCCUCCGCCUCAUCUCUCCCUACCUACUGACUGGCUCUCUCACAUGACUGACAGGACCCUCUGGCCAAUCUCAAGGCAGAUUGUUAGAAUUGGAGGAUAAUGGAUGUGGAUCUUUCUUUUUUUUUUUUUACUUGAGCUAUUCCCAAAUGGAUAAGUUAGAAACAGAGAAGAAUUAAAUGGAAAAGAUGGAAAAAGGUUGAAAAAGUGAAAGUGGGAUACCCCCUUUGCAUAUGUUGUACAGAAUUGUGCCCUUGAACUCAACUGUGUGAGAUACGGCAAAACUGGAAAACAGAAGGGAAAUGGAAAGAGAGCGGAGCAAGAAAAGAAAACGAUGAAGCUAGUGGAUUUCCUUUGGACUUUAUUAAAUAACCCUUUAGGAGACAUUUCAACAGCUAUAGGGGCUCCUAGGUGCCCUGUCCAAGCCCACCUCUCUUAGCUCUACACCAUAAUACACCUCACAAGAUGGCUUAGAAUUUCUUCUACAUUAUAGAUGUUCUCUUGUUGUUAUGUGAGGGUGGCAUUGACCGGUGGGGAACAGAAGAAAAGGAUGAACAGGUGUGUGUGUGUGUGUGUGUGCUGCAGAGAAGGUCCGAGUGUCUCCAAGUCAAAAUAUGGACUCCCUGUCAAGUAACCUGCUAUCCAUAUUUAUGAGGCACAAAAUUAUGGUUACAUCUUUUUGAAUCUACCCUUGCAGGCCCUCUGCAACCGACAGGGGUUCACUUAAAUGUAUGUUGUAACCUUGAUGGGACUGAAAAGAAAAAAUGUUCCAGACGAAAUUUCUGGGGUCAAUUUGCACUUCCGGGCCAGAUGGUGGCGAUCUGGUCACACACAUUUGGCAUGAAGUACUACAGCGUGGGCUAGUUCUGGACUGAUCAGUAGCCGAGUCCUUGGUUCACUUUUUUGUUUUGUUUCGAAGCAAUUCAGAUCUACUGCCGGGUUUACAGGAAGUGGACCUGUCAAUCUGUCUUAAUCCAUUUUGUGUUUUUCAGAUAAGAGUCACAAUGUUUCAAACAGCACAGUAUUACAGUACCAUGUUGUCAUAGACGACCUCAUCAAGCUGCCUGGAAUAGUUGGACUGAACUGAGGGACUGGAUCAGCUGUUACUGUACUACAAAGACUCGGGACACAGAAUUUAGUGUACAUUUCAUGUGCAGGAGACAUUACCCACUAGCAAAUACAUAAUGAGGCUUUA